AUGGCCCAGCGCCCAAGGAGGCUCUUGUUAACGCCCAUAGUUCUCCUCGCUGUUGGCAUCGUCUACACUCUGUGUUUUGAACCGGGCGCGACGCUCGUGACUGUCGUUCAACACGCGCUGUGGCCGUACACCCGCGAUGUCGAAUCAUUGCCUGAUUUCAGUAGAAUAAUUCAUCACCGGACCAUAAGUCACGACGAGCUCAAACUAGACCAAAGACACGGCCGUUUGAUUACCGUUGGAGAUAUCCACGGCAUGAACCACUCGUUCCACUCGUUGCUCGGGGAGCUACACUACGAUCCAUCCAAGGAUAAACUGAUCCACCACGGUGAUUUCCUCACGAAAGGGCCUGCAUCAAAUGCCGUCCUCUCGUGGAUGGCCGCGCACAACAUUACCGGCGUGCGGGGUAACCAGGACCAAGCUUGCCUUGAGUGGCGCUCGUGGCAAAACUGGAUCGAAAGCCUGCAGGGCGGUAGGAAGUGGCUACGGAGUGUGGAGAAGAGGUGGAAGGACGCUCGGAAAGAGAACAAGGACCUGUCAAAGACGAAGUGGCUCCGCAAGCAGCGGAAGGAGGCCAAGGGCCGAGCGGAACAGGAAUGGUGGGAUAGACUGCCCAAGGACUGGAAGCCGUUCAACACGCAUUACCGUAUUGCCAGGCAUAUGACUGAAGCCGAAUACGAAUACUUGCUGUCCCUGCCUCUCAUACUCCACGCACCGAGCAUCCAUUCCUUCUUCGUCCACGGCGGCAUGCUUCCCUACAAGCUUCUGCCUACUCCUCCGUAUGCUGCAUCUCAGCCCUUAGCCCACAUUCCUUCGCAUGAUGAGAAAGCCGACGAAGAUAAGCUGCGCCGGAUGCAAGAAGAAGCUCUGUUGGACAUCCCAGAAAACCGUGUUCCAUGGAACGUGCUCAAUAUCCGCAGCGUGAAACGAGGGAGGCAUGUCUCGAGGGAGAACUUCGACGGAAAGCCGUGGUCGAGCAUCUGGAACGCAGCGAUGAAACGAUGCGUGGGCUACGGCCACCUGAGCUCCACUGAUUUGGUGGAUGCCGAAGAGUCACCGUCCUGGGCCCGAACGACCAUGCGUAUAUUCAAGCAGGGUCCGGACUUCGAUAUAGAGCGCGCCACGUUGCCCUGCAAGCCUUCGAUGAUAGUAUACGCCCAUGCUGCAACUCGAGGCUGGGACAUCAAGCGAUGGUCGAUAGGAACUGAUACGGGUUGUGUGUAUGGUCAACGACUCACAGCGAUGGUGUUGGGCGCCAAGACUAAGGACUUCCCAACGUCCGCGAUAGAAGACGGCAAGAGGGAUGACGAGGACGAGGAUACAGACGACCACCCCGCCGCAAUGCGCGUACGGACUGUUAAAUAUGGUGACAGCGGCAGGGCGCAUCUCGUCAGCGUUCGCUGUCACUUGAAGUAG